AGAGCUCGUCGUGGAGAAAUCCUUCCAGCCCCUGGCAUGCUGUGAUAGACAAAAUGUCCAUAGCAUAAUUGGCCAGCCCACCAGUCCUUGCCAUGAACCAUUUGGUUGGCCCGUCGGAGGGGGAGGUAAGUGAAGAGGCAUCCAACGGAGCUGUGAACGAGUCUGUGGAGGCCGAUCUGGCGCACUCGGGGCUGGAGGAGGAGCAGCGCUAUGCGCCUCGCCGCCCGGGGCGCACGGAGAGCAGCCGCGUGGGCCCGGCCGCCCAGGAGGAGGAGGGCAUGCUAGGGAUGCUGGCGAGGUCGGCCAGCACGGAGAGCGGGUUCCACAACCACACGGAUACUGCUGAAGGAGACGUCAUUGCCACAGUGGAGGACAGCUACGACACAGACAGGGUUCAGGAGAAUGAGGAUGAGAGCGCGUAUGCGGUGCAGUAUAGGCCGGAGUCUGAGGAGUACACGGAGAAUGCCGAGGCCGAGCACGGCGAGGCCGUGCACAACCGAGCGCUGCCCAACCACCUGCACUUCCACUCCAUAGAGCACGAGGAAGCCAUGAACGCGGCCUACUCRGGGUACGUGUACACGCAUCGGCUCUUCCACCGGGGGGAAGAUGAGCAGUACGCCGAGCCUUACGCCGACUACGGGCUGCAGGAGCACGUGUAUGAGGAGAUAGGGGACGCGCCAGAGCUGGAUGCGAGGGAUGGGCUCAGGCUCUAUGAGCGGGAAAGGGAGGAGGUGGACAAUUACCGCAAGGAAGCGCUUGGUGCCCGCCUUCACCAUUACGACGAGCGGUCGGACGGAGAGUCUGACAGCCCCGAGAAGGAGGCUGAGUUUGCGCCCUACCCCAGGAUGGAUAGYUACGAGCAAGAGGAGGACAUUGAUCAGAUUGUGGCGGAGGUGAAGCAGAGCAUGAGCUCCCAGAGCCUGGACAAGGCAGCUGAAGACAUGCCGGAGGCAGAGCAGAGUUUGGAGCACGCUCUUACUCCUGGGCAGGAAAGCAAUGGCCAGCUCCCUGCUGGCCCCCGAGUCACAUCCAACUCAGGAGAACCCGUGCAGAGGUACAGCAAGGAAAAGCGAGAUGCCAUUUCACUGGCCAUCAAGGACAUCAAAGAGGCUAUCGAGGAAGUGAAGACCAGGACCAUCCGAUCUCCAUACACCCCGGAUGAACCCAAGGAGCCUAUCUGGGUGAUGAGGCAGGACAUCAGCCCCACGAGGGACAGUGACGACCAGAGGCCGCUAGAUGGAGAUUCUCCAUCUCCAGAUUCCGCUUCACCCCGAGGUGCUGAAUCAUCAAGCAGGCAGCAUCACCAGGAUGCCUGCAGCACAACAGAGCCCUCCACUAAUAAAGAGUCCAGAAAAAGCUUGGCUUCAUUUCCAACCUAUGUUGAAGUUCCUGGACCUUGUGAUCCUGAAGACUUAAUUGAUGGAAUCAUUUUUGCUGCCAAUUACCUUGGCUCUACUCAACUCCUUUCAGAUAAAACUCCCUCCAAGAAUGUGAGAAUGAUGCAGGCUCAGGAAGCUGUCAGCAGGAUCAAGCAGAUGGCCCAGAAAUUAGCCAAAAGCAGGAAGAAGGCUCCAGAAGGUGAAUCUCAGCCCAUGACUGAAGUGGACCUGUUCAUUUCUACACAGCGAAUAAAAGUAUUGAAUGCAGACACACAGGAAACCAUGAUGGAUCAUCCCCUGCGGACCAUUUCCUACAUCGCAGACAUAGGGAAUAUAGUUGUCCUGAUGGCGCGUAGACGAAUGCCGCGCUCCAACUCCCAGGACAACGUGGAGGCAUCUCACCCUUCCCAGGAUGGAAAGAGGCAGUACAAAAUGAUUUGCCACGUCUUUGAGUCCGAGGAUGCGCAGCUGAUUGCACAGUCCAUAGGUCAGGCGUUCAGUGUGGCCUACCAGGAGUUCCUGAGGGCWAACGGAAUCAACCCGGAGGACCUCAGCCAGAAGGAGUACAGCGACCUGCUCAACACCCAGGACAUGUACAAUGACGACCUCAUCCACUUCUCCAAGUCUGAAAACUGCAAAGAUGUUUACAUUGAGAAGCAAAAGGGAGAAAUCCUUGGUGUGGUUAUCGUGGAGUCUGGCUGGGGAUCCAUCCUGCCCACGGUKAUCAUAGCCAACAUGAUGCACGGAGGGCCCGCGGAGAAGUCCGGGAAGCUCAACAUAGGGGACCAGAUCAUGUCCAUCAACGGGACCAGCCUCGUGGGGCUGCCCCUCUCAACCUGCCAGAGCAUCAUCAAGGGUUUGAAAAACCAGGCCCGGGUUAAGCUGAACAUAGUGAGAUGUCCUCCAGUAACCACCGUCUUGAUCAGGAGACCAGACCUCCGAUACCAGCUGGGCUUCAGUGUGCAGAACGGGAUCAUCUGUAGCCUUAUGCGAGGAGGAAUAGCAGAGCGGGGCGGCGUGCGUGUCGGCCACAGGAUCAUCGAAAUCAACGGGCAGAGUGUGGUUGCAACACCCCACGAGAAGAUUGUGCACAUCCUCUCCAACGCUGUUGGCGAGAUCCACAUGAAGACGAUGCCGGCCGCCAUGUACCGGCUGCUGACGGCUCAGGAGCAGCCUGUUUACAUCUGAAGGCCGGCACCUCUCC